AUGCAGAACCGUGAAUUAUGGUUCAAAAAUCAUGAGCCGUCUACUUUCUUUGUUCAAAGAAAGGACAGCUCGGUCCAUGCAGAAGAUAAGAGUACUUCACAAACAACAACCAAGAAGAAGAAUAGGAAAGGUGGACUUUCUAUGUUUCUGAGUGGUGCUCUUGAUGAUGCAUCAAAACACAUUCUACUCCCUCCACCAACACCCAGAAGUGAGGGCCCUGCGUGGGGCAGUGCAAAAGUUUUGAAGGGAAAAGCAUCACUCCGUGAAAUUCAGGAUGAACAGAGCAAACUACGGGUGAACUGGCUAACUGGAAGCAAAAAUCAGGUGGAAGAUCUUCCCGAGGUUAGAAAUGGAGAAGGAAAAAUCCUUCUGAGUUCAUUCUUGCCAUCCAAACCAAUUUUUGUCGGCCCAGUUCAAGCUUCACAAGUAUCUGAUGUAGAAAGAACCACACCUCCUUGGGCUGCUUCUGGUGGUACUCAUCUUUUUCGGCCAUCUCUUAGGGACAUUCAGAUGCAGCAGUCUUUCUCACAGUCCAAAAACCAGAGUGGGUGUCCAACAGCUACUGGUCAAGAUUCGCCAUUGGAUUCCCCUGCAAUGAGUCGCCGGUUCAAACCCGAGGUUGAAGCAACUUCUUCUAUUAGAUAGAUUCAGAUUGAAGAGAGGGCUAUGAAGGAUCUCAAACGGUUCUACAGCAGUGUUAAAGUUGUCAAAAACAAGUCGUAAGCUAAGAGGGCUAAAUGACAAAGAUAUUUAGCUUUUUUCAGGUAGCACCAAGGCUUUUCAAAAUUUUCCCCCUUAGGUUAAAUGUAAAUUUGAUUGUACACAUGUUAUCUCUGUCAAUUUGAUAUAUAGAGUUUCUAUUAUAGUAGGAAGAUGCUAAAAUGUGCUUCAGCAUUCAAUAAAAUUACGUCACUUCAAUC